ACCCCUACUGAUCUGUCAGCACUGGGAAGAGGUACAUGGGAGUUUAACUGGCCGUCGUUGUAUACAGAGUAUUAAUAGACGGACUACCAGUGGUGCUGGCUGUACAAUGGGGAUCACUAAACUGGCAGAUUUGAUCCGUUCAGAGGCUCCUGCUGCCAUUUCUUAUAAGGAUAUCAGUGACUACACCGGAAAAGUAAUCGCCCUGGAUACCUCUAUUGUUGUGAACCAGUUCCGCUCAGUGACGCCUUCACUGAGCCCCCUGACAGGUCUCUUCUUCCGCACGCUCACCUUCCUGGAACAUGACAUAAAGCCAGUCUUUGUGUUUGACGGAAAGCCUCCAGGCGAAAAGACAGCUGUUCUUAAGAAGCGAGCUGAGGCAGCUGGUUGGAGCUCCCCCAACCGCACAGGCGCAGCAUCAUCCCAGACCAAAGAUUGCCUCCACCUCCUGAAGCUUCUGGGUGUACCUGUCAUCCAGGCUCCAGGGGACGCUGAGGCACUGUGUGCGCGGCUGGUGAGAGAGGGGACAGUGGAUGCUGUGGCUUCAGAGGACAUGGACACGCUGCCGUUUGGAGCCAAUAUUCUCAUUCGCCAGCUGAAUGCCAAGAAGGACAGUGAAGUUGUUGAAUAUUCUUUACCCAAGCUGUUGGAGAAACUCCAGAUCAGUCACGAGGAGUUUGUUGACCUGUGUAUUUUGUUGGGCUGUGACUACUGUGACAAGAUAGCCGGGUUGGGGCCUAAGAGAGCUCUGACACUGAUCCAGAACCACCGUACUAUCGAGGAAGUGGUUUUGCAUGUCAACAGAAAGACCCAUCCUGUGCCACUUUCCUGGAAGUACAAAGAAGCACGGAAGAUAUUCUUGGAAGCAUCACAAACUGUAGCUCCUGAACUCACCUGGACUGAGCCAGAUGAAGAAGACUUGGUUGUGUUCCUCAGUCACAGCAAACAUGUUAAGGAGAACAGGGUCCGUCAUCGAAUGGAGAAGUUCCGUCAGAUACGGGAAAGUAAGCGGGAGGAGAGGGAAAAGGACAAGGCAGCAGGACGCAGCAGGCAGACUCGCAUGGAGAACUACUUUAGAGUUACCAGAAAGAGGGAUCAGCCCGUGGAAGCUGCAGACUCUUUGAGCAGCAGCAGAAAGAGACCAAAGUCAAAAUAAGGCCGCCACCAUCUGCUGCUUGGAAGUUGGAAAGAAGUUGUUUUGAACCCUGUCUGCCUGCUGAAUAUCGCAAAAGAAGACAAAAACAUUAACAUAUGUGCAAUCCUGAUCUUGAGUUACUGCUAUGAGAAGAUUUUGUUCUAACAAACUAUCAUGGUUCAUUCCUGUACUCAUGAGAAAGCCGGUCAUCUUUGUAAUUCAUGUCAGUGACUAAAUGGCAUUCCAUUCAUUUUUAGUUUAUUUUAUUUUCAUUAAUAAUUGACUAAUUUUAACAAUUUCAGAGGCAGCAGCUUUACAUGUUGGAUAAUGGCUUUGCUUUGGCAGAGGACUGCUCUUUUCCCAAAGGCCUUCCAGUCACAGCCGAAAUUAGAAGAAGCCAAAACAGACAUCUAUCAAGACACUGACUUUAAGUCUUUGCCUCUGCAUGGGGUCAACACCCCCACUGACGAUGCAAUAAUCUGACCUUGUCUUAACAGCAGUGUCCGCAACAAUGCAAUCUACUGAGCAGAGCUUCAGUGUAUCCAGCAGUUUCCUGCAGAGCCACCAAGAAAAGCGGUGCAGGCGGCGGACGGCUAUGAAAGAGAACAGUGCAAUCACUGUCAGGGAGGCCUCUCCUCAAGCCAAAACUGGAGACAGGGGAUGUCUCAUCUCUAGAUAUUCAAUGAGCACCUGUUGUAUAAAGGGUGCCAAGGCAGGGACCAAAGACUUGAAUUUUAAAACAUGCACAAAAAAGGGAUCAUGUCUAAAAAGAGAAAGUGAGAUGUUUAAAUCCACAUUAAGAUUUUUUUUAUUAUACUAUUUUUAAAAUACUUAAAUACAGAAUACACAGAAAACAAUGUAUGCUAUAUAUUUGUUUUUUAUUUGUUAUGGCGUUGGCCUCUCUUAAAAUAAAAAUAAUGUGUACA